AUGGUUAGAAGGAAAGAUUCAUUUUGGGAUUAUGCAGAGGAGUUAGAAAAUGGUCGUUUUGUUUGUAAGUUUUGUAAACAAGAUUUUGCUGGGGGCAUUUCAAGACUUAAAUCACAUUUGUCUGGAGUUAGAGGGCGUGAUAUUCAAAUUUGUCUACAAGUGCCUGAAGCAAUUCAGUUAGAAGUACUACAAGCGAUUGACGCUCCUACUAAGAAAGCUAAAUCUGUGGCAGAAUCAGUUAAUGUUCUAGAGAGUGAAAGUAUUUCAGGUUCCUCGUCAUCACACAUGCCAAAUUUAUGUACGGGACAUGAUAAGAGUCAAGUGGAUAAACAAUUUGCUAAGCUCAUCAUCUCGGAUAGAAUUUGUUAUGAUGCCAUUCAGUCACCCCUCUUCAAUGACUUUGUGAUUGGUGUUGCUAAACAUGGUUCAGAUUAUGUACUUCCAAGUUCUUUAACUCUCAAAUCACAGUUGAUGCCAGAUAUCAUGAAAGAAGUUGAGGAAUACGUUCAAAAUGUCAUAAAAUAUUCCGUUAAAACAGGUUGUACCUUGAUGUACAACAUAUGGCCUCAUAAGAAACGGCGGCUCAAUAGAUCAAUUUUCACCUUCGUGGAUAUCUAUGCAUAUACGCCAAUAGGAGUAGCGUGCAUGGAUCCGCCCGACAGCAUGGGCAGAGACAUUUAUUGUUUUGAAUUAAUGAUGUCUUCCAUCCUGGACUUAAUUGGGCCUACAAAUGUAGUACAAUUUAUCAUUAAUAAUGACGAUGAUGAUGGUGAUGGUGAUGAGGUCAGUAAAAUUAAGGAUAUGCUUCACAUAAAGUAUCCUUGGAUUUGCCAAACCCCGUGUGCUACUCGUGGGAUUGAAUUACUCUUGAGUAAAGUAUAUGACGUUCCUUUUGUGUAUAAUACAAUAAAAGUAGCGAAGUGGGUAGUUUUAUAUGUUUACGAGCAUAAAGUUAAUGUGCCGUUAAGAAGAGUGCACAGAAAGAAAGAUUUUAAAGCUUCCGACUGUUUCUUGCUCAUACCACUUUUAGAAGUUGAAAGUGAAUUGCAAGCUUUGCAGGUAUCUAUUGCAACGUUGUCUAGUGAUUGGGGGAAGCCACUUAAUGACAAGCAGGCAGCAAAACUUUUCGAAGGUGCAAACUUUAUUGAUUAUGCUAUUCGUUGCAAAGAAUUUUGGAACCGAGGAAAAAUGUUAGCACAAGUUAUGCAGUCACUAUUUCAAGCUUAUUGUUUGGUUCAUUGUGAUGGCCCAACAUUAGGAUAUUUAUAUGAGAUGAUGGAAAGUGUACAAGAUGCAGUUAAGCUAUGUUGUAAGAGUAACAACGUCCUUUAUGAUGUUGUAUGGAAAAUUUUAAAUGAAGUUCGAAGUGAUAUUAUUCAUCCAAUACAUGCAGCUGCGGCCUUUUUAAAUCCGACUUACAUGUGUAGUGAGAAAUUUAAGGAGACUGUUGAAAUGACAAAUGGUGUAAAUUAUAUUCUGGAACGUUUAGUUGCGGUGGAAGAGAAGGAAGCUUUCAUGAACCAAGUACAACUAUACCGCAUGAAAGUGUCAAACUUGUUCACAGCACAAGCCAUGAUGAUGCUAAAAACAUUUCAUCCUCGAAUAUGGUGGGAAUUUUGUGGCAAUCAUCUCCCUGUAUUACAAAAAUAUGCCAUUCGGAUCUUGAGUCAACCUUGUAGUUCUUCAUUAUGCAAGCGCUAUCAGUUGCGGGACAGUUGCCUGGACGAUCAUGCAUUUAUGGUGAAUACAAUGAUGAUGGAGAGGUAUAAAUCCCUAGAAACACAAAUGCUAGAGCCAAUCAUUCUUGACAAACUUGGUGAAGUUUUUGAUGACGUUAAUUAUCAACAUCUUUGGGAUGAUGGAGAUUUUGAGUAUUGGUUUCAUGAUUUGAUUGACUGUCAUGCCAACGAAUUAAUAGACGAUCCAACUGGUUCAUGGUUGGAUAGGUGGCCCAAGAAUCGAAUCGAACCUGAGCAAGCAGUCACUGGAUACAUGACCAAGGGCAACCGUCAAUUUCUGAUUUUAACGUUGCUUGCCUUUAUCCAAAUGAAGUAUCAAAACUCAAGCAGAUCUCCCUUCGACACACACCCUACAACCAUGUCAGCUUUCAUUGUAACAGCAUAUUUUUACACAGGAGCGUUGGUGGGAAUUUCCCGAGUCACCCAAGCAAUUCCAAACAGCAACUACCUUCCUAUGGCUAUGCUUUUUUCUGAUAUUUUGGGUGCCCUGGCCUGUUCUCUACUAAUAUUCAUCCUCGUUCCUCCCUUUGGGGUGUUCCUUUUGUUUUCAUGUUCAUUGGUACUCAUAAGGGCAUUGCACGGCUCAUAUCAGCAGAUAUUUGAAUUGUUCCAACAGAUUUUCAAUCUAACCUAUCAAGCAGACCCUCAAGCAUCUAAUGGAAACUCGAUGGAGCAAGAGGACAAUGGUGGUGUUCCAACAGCGGUGUGA